GUCGUGAUAUAUCAACUAUCGGGCGGUCAAAUGUCGACUAUUCGUGUCCAUUGAUCGAACUAUGUUCAAUUUCUGAUGUGGAUUUUGAUUAUGUCAGUAAGUGGAAGCCGCUAAAAACCAUUUGUAGUAUUGGGACAGUUUCGGUUUUUGAAUACUCACAAACAAAUUGACUUUCAGAACCCAAAGGAGCUUUUAAUAUUGUGACAAUCUAUGCUACAAAACCGUGCAAAGUCUAAUAACACUUCUAGCAGCUCUAUGGAUUCUAUAUCAAACAAUAAAUUUGAACUGAAACAUGAUUUCAAGAAAAGUUACUGUAGGGAAGACAAAGAAAAUUUACCGACAUUAGAAUCCAAACAUUCUUAUUCACACUCUUCUGGUUUUAACUUGCGCUCUAGACGGUUACGAAAUAGUAACCAACUAGUCAACAACGAAAAUCUCUUAAAAAAUGAUAUUGGAAAAGAAUUUAUUGAUGGUCAAGUAACGGUAACUCAAACAAAAAAUAUUUCAAAUGAAGAAUUUUCAGGUCGUUUUCUACUGGACAAUGAUAAAUCUUCAGAUUCUAAACAAUCUUUAUCAACUCUGGACACUGAGCCUCCUACAAAUAAAUGCAUCAAAAAGACAGUUAGAUCUCAUACAAUAGCCGAUUCUGCAUCUACACGUUUCUUAUCGAAUUGUGAAGUUUGCUCAAGUUCGUUAGGACGUUUUAUUAAUGUUCAUCACUUGAUUGAUAUGACAGCUGCAGUUGGUAUUAACGUAACACAAAACAAAGGGAGAUAAACUCUUCUUUGAUCUCAGAUCUCUCAUCCCUGCUCCAACCAUCAAAUCAUGACAAACGU